GUAGAGCAGACUGUCCAUAUUAUGCUAAGGCAGAACUUCUGGCAGACUACUUGCAAAAGAAUCUUCCUGAUUUUCAGAUUUUUAAAAUUACACAACAUCCUGAUGUUUGGGAGGAGUGGCUGGAAGAUGUGUGUGAAAAGAAUAAGUGGGAUCACAAAAACUCCCCCAUCAUCUGGAGAGAGCUGCUGGACCGUGGAGGAAAGGGCUUGCUUCUGGGAGGGUAUAAUGACUUCUUGGAGCAUGCCCAGCUUUACUAUGGCGUCACUUCCAGCAUGACAACAGAGCUGAUGAUGGUCAUUGCUAAAGAGAACCUGCAGACACAUAUAGAAAAAGAGCUGGAGAAAGAUACCCUGAAAGAUCUCAUUAACCCCUUGCGGGUCUGGAUUGCCAAUGGAAAUGCCUCUGUGUGCUACAAUCUGAUCCCCCUCUUACUAAGCGGUGAUGUGUUUGGGAUGGACACAAAGAUAAGCCUGACCCUGUUUGGCAAGGAGCAGAUGGAAAACCGUCUCAGAAGCAUGGUGAUGGAAACUGAGGACCUGGCAUCGCCGGUCCUCCAUAGCGUCUCCUUCUGUACCAAGGUGGAGGAGGCCUUCCACCAGGCCCAAGUCAUCAUCAUCCUAGACGACAGCACCGAGGAGGAGGUGUACACCCUGGAGGGCUGCCUGCGAAGCAGGGUGCCACUAUGUCGCCUCUAUGGGUACCUGAUGGAGAAGAACGCUCACGAGUCUGUCAAGGUCAUCGUGGGAGGGAAAACCUUUGUGAAUCUUAAAACGGUUUUACUCAUGCAGUAUGCCCCCAACCUGGCACACAACAUCAUCGCAGUGGCGCUGGGGGUGGAAGGCCAAGCAAAAGCCGUAGUGGCCAGAAAGAUGAAAACAACAGCCUCCUGCAUCAAAGAUGUGAUAAUUUGGGGUAAUAUCAGUGGAAAUAACUACGUUGAUCUGAGGAAAGCAAAAGUUUACAAAUAUGAGAGUGCCGUUAGGGGACCUCCUAAAUAUUCUCACUCUGUGUUAAGCUUGAUUUUUGACAGCGAGUGGGUACAAAAAGAAUUUGUGACGACUCUUCAAAACUUGUCCAACACUGGAAAACACUUUGGAGGUAUCUUGGCUGCACACAGCAUAGCUACCACACUGAAGUACUGGUACCACGGCUCGCCACCUGGGGAGAUCGUUUCCUCAGGAGUACUGAGUGAAGGCCAGUUUGGUAUUCCUGAAGGGAUCGUCUUUUCUAUGCCUGUGAAAUUUGAGAAUGGAACUUGGGUGGUUCUUACAGAUCUCAAAGAUAUUGCAAUAAGUAAACAGAUAAUUAACAGGAUUGCAAGUGAUCUAACUCAGGAGAAACUUAUUGCACUUGGAGACUUACUAACUUUUCAGCCAUAUGGACCAGAAUGUAAAGCAACCACAAAAAGUCCAAAGACCUCUUUAUCUAUCCCAAACAAAGUUCAAAAAGAGCAAAGGACCUCCUAUGUUUCAGAGCAUAAAGACAGCAUACAUUCCAGCAUAACCACUGAUGAGGGAAAAGAUCCGGUUAUAUCAGAUGGAGAUUUUUCAGAGCCAAAUCUCCCCACUUCUAAAAACCCAUCAGUUCAAGAAUCUGAAAAUGAUGCUGAAGACAAAACUGAAGAAUACUAAUAGCUCCAACUAAACCAAAUAUAAAGUGAUUUGAAAUUGUAAUAAAUACAGAAGGAUCUGUGAAUAUCUGUAUUUAAGGAAGAGUGGUUUGAAGAUUGAGCUCAACCUUGGGGAAUAUUCCUUGGGGAAUAUUAUGUUAGGCCAUUAAAUACCAGUGACAGCACAAAAAGUCAUAGUUCAAUCACUUUGUGUUUCCAGUAGCCACUCCUAUUUUCGUGGAUUAUUGCAUUUCCUCAGAAAUAGAUUGAUGUUACUGUUUUUAAAUAUAUUAAAAUAGUGUUUCCAAUCAUUGCAUCUUUACCUAAGCGUUAUUCUAGGAGAACCUGUUUCUUCCACCUGUGAUUCCUAAGGUGGUGGCUGCCACAGCCACAUUUGCCCUCAUGUCUUUUGGCCUUGCCCCAUGUAACUGGACCAGAACCAAAGACAAUCCCCCCCCAAACACACAGAUACAAAUAUUUGGCUGAGACAAAGCAAUUACUAAUAAUUGGUAUCUGAGUCAAGUUAAUGGUACUGAACUAAGACGACUACAAAAUCUGAUGAGAUAUUCAUGACUAGACAGGCCACACACCUUCCAAAGACCUGACUAUGUGCUGUUUUUCUUUGGGAAUACAUGACAUAAGCAUCUUUGCAACAAAUUAUACUUAUUCAUCAACA